UAAUUCUGAAAAAGGGAAUGGCUUCAGGAGUUGGCAAUGUCCUACAAAGCUCAGAAAAGCUCCGUCUCUGCGGCAGUUAAGCAGCUCCAAUCCUCUCCCCACCACCAACUCUCUCUCUCUAAAGCCUUCUCUCUUUCUCUCUCCAUUUUCCCUUAUCCCUUUCAUUCUCAGCUUCAAUUUCACCUUCCCCCAUCCACACAUUCAUUUCCUCAAAUGCAGACACCACCCUACUGAAAUCGGAGGAAGAUGCCGUUGGUCAGAGUUCAGGUGAAGAACGAGUUCGGUCUUGGGAAGUCUGACCUCUAUGUCGACUCCAACAAUGAAGAUCCGAAAGCCGUCCUUGACGGUGUCGCCGUUGCUGGCCUCGUCGGGAUCUUGAGGCAGUUGGGUGAUCUUGCUGAGUUUGCGGGGGAGGUUUUUCAUGGGUUGCAGGAAGAGGUUAUGACAACAGCUUCAAGAAGUCACAAAGUGAUGCUUCGUGUCAAGCAGAUUGAAGCUGCUCUUCCCUCCCUUGAAAAGGCAAUACUAGCUCAAACAAGUCACAUUCAUUUUGCUUACACAGCUGGUUCUGAGUGGCAUCCUCGUAUUCGAACUGAACAAAAUCACUUCAUCUAUCAUGAUUUGCCACGAUUUAUUAUGGAUGCCUAUGAAGAAUGUCGUGAUCCACCGCAACUUCAUUUGCUUGAUAAAUUUGAUACGGGAGGGCCUGGAUCUUGCUUAAAACGUUAUUCAGAUCCAACAUUCUUCAAAAGAAUGUCAACCUCAGGAAAAAUCAGCUUGGAGAAGGUUCGGAGUGACAAAAAGGUUCACAAGAUUAAGAGAAAAAGAUCAUUGGUGCGCUAUGGAAAAACGAUACAUGGUGCAUCAGUUUCCGAUGCUAAUACCAGUUUGCAGUUUACCUCCUUUUCCAAUGAAGGAGCGUCCCUUUCUCAAACUGCUACGGCUGAUCGGAGGAUUAAAUCAGAUGCUGGGGACUCUUCAAAUUCGUUUGAUUCUGGAACAGGGUCAGGAUAUGCUGGAAGUGUUUUGAAAUUAGAUUCUUCCUUGCAAACUAAAGAACAGGAAUUUAGGGAAUCUUCAAGUUCAAGUUUGAUGCAGUAUAGUGAUGCUGUCGAUUCGGUUCUCGCAGAUGAACAAAGUAGGAUAAUAGAUGAUAAAUAUCAGUGUGCACUAGAGGAUCAAAUAGAUUCAAGUUUCUCUUCUCAUGUUACGUGGGAUGAAAAGGCAGAAAUAUUGAAGCCCAAGCAGGAAGUUAGAGAAAAGAUAGCAGUAGUGGAGUCGAGAGGUCAAGAGGAUGAUAGAGAAAUGGCAGAAACAUUGCAGCUAAGAACUCACCUGUAUGUCAGUGAAAUGGCAGAAUUUGUGCACCUAAGGUCCCAACAGGAUGUUAGGGAAAUGGAAGAAAUAGUGCAGCCAAGGACAAAAGAGAAUGUUAGAGAAAUGGUAGAAAUAGUGAAACCAAGGACUCAACAGGAUGUUAGAGGAAUGGCUGAAAUUGCACAGUCAAGGAGUCAAAAGGAUGUUAGAGAAAUGGAAGAAAUUGUGCAGUCACGAACUGAACAGACUGUUGGAGAAACGGCAGAAUCUGUGCACCUACGGUCCCAACAGGGUGUUAGGGAAAUGGAAGAAAUAGUGCAGCCAAGGACAAAGCAGAAUGUUAGAGAUAUGGCAGAAGUAGUGAAACCAAGGACUCGACAGGAUGUUAGAGGAAUGGCUGAAAUUGUGCAGUCAAGGAGUCAAAAGGAUGUUAGAGAAAUGGAGGAAAUUGUGCAGUCACGAACUGAACAGAAUGUUGGAGAAACGGCAGAAGUAAUGCAACCUAGGACUCAGCAGGAUGUUAGAGAAACGGCUGAAGCUGUGCAGCUAAGAGAAGUGGAAGAAAUCGAGCAGCCAAGGCCCCAACAGUAUGUUAGAAAAAUUACAGAAAUUGUGCAGCCAAGGACUCAAAAGGAUGUUGGAGAAAUGGCAGAAAUAGUGCAGCCAAGGGAUGAACAGGUUUUUAGAGAGAUGGCAGAAAUUUUGCUGCCUAGGACUCAAGAAGAUGUUAGAAACAUGGCAGAAACUGCGCAGCCAAGGACUCAACAGGAUGGUUCAGAAAAGCCCAAAAUGGUGGAGCAGGGGAGUCAACAGGGUGGUAGAGAUCAAGUGGAGAUGGUGGAGUCCAGGAGUCAACAGCAUGAUAAAGUUAAAGAUCAAGAAUAUAAAGUUCCUCUACCUGAAUCUACCCAGGAUCCUCAUGAAACGGAAGGCUUUUACCUUAUAAAUGAUGAACAAAUGAACCCGUUAGAAUCAAUUUAUGACGGGAAUAUGUUUGAUGAAAUUGAAAGUGAAACAGACAAUUAUAUGGAUGCACUCAACACAAUUGAGUCAGAAUCUGAAACUGACCUUGAUUGCCAGACAAAACGAGAAGUAGAGCCAUGCUCAUCCAAUAUAAAGUGUGAAGUAGUAGAUCCAACGCAUGACCUCCUUGAAUCUAGUUUAGGUCCUGAUAUUCUUAACCCUAGUAAUGAGCCUCAAAAGUCCUUUGACAAAGGUAUUGUUUCUAGUCUACCAAAUUUAGUUUCUUCGGAUAGUUUUUACCAUGAUCAAAGACUUGAAAGCACCAUGAAGAUUUCUAGUCCCGACUGUCCUCUAGUGACCGAUUUGCAUGGCAAGGAAAGUUCCACAAUGGAAUCUGAUGUCUCUGAUUCCUUCCCUAUGGACUCCAAUUCUAGUUUAGAGGAUCAGUCAGGAAUUAAAUUAUUGAACAAGGUGCAUGAGUCGGAAAAAACUUCUUUCUCCAGCAAUCUUUCAGAUAAAUUCUGGACUAAUGGUGGCUUGCUAGGACUUCAGCCAUCAAAACCUCCUUCUUGGGCUGUACCAAAUGCUGCUUGUGAGGACUCAAGUAAAGUUGAGAAACGUGGCCCUUCUGAUCAUACAUAUGUAGUCAGUAGUAAUGCGCAGGAAAUUAAAUUGAAUAAUUUGCCCAAGGAUGUUAUUAAUAGUGAAAAAGAGAAAUAUGAUACAUCUGGUAGAGUAUCAAUAUCUACUCCAUCUCAGGAAUGGUCAAGAGGUAAUUCAAAUGCCAAGAAUGGAAGUUUUAGUGUUGAUCGUUCAAGCGAUGGAUCUACUUACGCCCAUAUGAAUGAUGUGGUAAAAAGAAAUGUGAUAGCAGCUGGAAUUGCAUCUCCAGCUGUACCUAAUGUCAAUGGAAUGCAUACUCAAACCAUUUUGGAGAAAGAUGAAAACUCUAAUCAAAAUUCUGGAUUUAGCCAUCAAUUGGUUGUUAAUGGCUUUCAUAGGAAACUGACGCUAAUACACGACGAAAGGUUUGAGACUACAGAUGGUCCAGGGAAGAGAAAUGCCAACCAGGAUACUGUUUUACAAACAAUGUAUGAAAGGACUUCCAAAGAGCACUUAGGCUGUGAUUCUUCAAUGGAUUCAUGUCCUCCCUCACCCCCUCUUGAUCACAUGAAAAUCUCUUUCCAUCCUGUUUGUGGUUUUGAAAUUUCAAAAAUGAAACUGAGAUUUCCUGAUGGCAGUGAAGGCCGGGGCAGCACGAAGGACAUAUUUCCAUCCUUUCAGUUGGCUCCAGAGGAGUCUAUUUCCGUGCAUGAGAUUGGCUCUGAGUCUGAUGAUGACACAUUCUGUAGAUCAUCUCCAUGUAUUUCAGAUGAUUGUCUUAGUGAUCACUCUAAGUCAAAUUCUGAUCUGUGGGAGUCAGAUGACACUCCUGAAACCACAUGCAAUAACUUGUACGAUUUAUGCCACAGGUCACAGAUGGAAUCUUUAUCUACAUCAUUUGAGCUUGGGGGAAUAACGAAAAAUGGAAUAAUAAUAGACGAUGAAAGUGGAAAUUUGAACGGGAAGGGCAUGGAUGAAUCUCUUUCAGGUUCAUUACUUGAUCUUCCAUGUUUUGACAUUGUGAACCCUGUAACAAGUGGAAGAAUCGAUUCCUUCGCUCUAGAAGGAGACUCGAGCUAUUGUGCCUUCCAAACAGGACAUAAUGAUGUUGAUGCUACGAAUCUUCUUAAGUCACAAUGUUUAGAUUGUCCUACUCCAGCUCCUCCACCUCUUCCUCCUGCUCAAUGGUGCAUUUCAAAAACAUCCUUAGAUGUGUCUGAUGACCUGAAGGAUUUAUCUGCUCAUCCAAAACAGGUGGAACCAAUUGUCUUCGUGCAGCAAAUAACACAUGCACCCGAUGCAACCAAGCCAAAUGGCAAGAAGCCAGAACAAGGGGUAGUGGAUAGCCAGAAAGAACUAAACCACAGAAGAAAUGACCAAGUGUUGGAUGCUAGGGAAGAUUUCCUGCAACAAAUUAGAGCAAAAUCCUUCAACCUGCGACGCACAGUAACUGAGAAGCCUAGUACUCCAGCAGGACCUGCUGCCCACGUCAAAGUCACAGCAAUUUUGGAGAAAGCCAACGCAAUCCGCCAGGCUGUUGGUAGUGAUAAUGGUGAAGAUGAUGACUCAUGGAGCGAUGCCUAAUCUUAGAUAUGAAACCUAUUUUUCCCUGAGAAGCAAUUCUCACAAAGGUGCUAAUAGUUGCAAUUGUAAUAAAACACAUAGUAUGGCUUUGUGAAUAAGCUUAUUUUACUUUUGUAAGUUGUAGUAGAGCUUAUCUUGUAUCUUAUUGGCCUUAGGAUCAGUGUAUUCCAUGUAAACAAUGAGAAUUCAAGUAUUAGGUGUUGGGAAAGAUAUGUUUCAACAUUCUUGCAUCAAGCAAUACAAUGCAUAAAAAAAAAAAGAGAAAAAAAAAAAGCUAAAAAUGCUUGUAAAUUCUAUUCUA